CCUCUCUCUGGCUUCGUCUGCCCGGUAUUCGGACCUCUCGGCGACGCGGCUUGCUAGAACUUCGGAAACAAACUGCUUCGCUCCGCUCCACAGUUUUGUUAAGUUGGGACCAGGAUGGGCAAAUUUGCUUCCCCUGCGCUUCUGGUCUUUAGCCUGCUUCUUCUGGUCGCCGCCGGAGUCUGCGGUAAUAAUGUAUGUACCACAAGAGGAGCAAAUUCAUGCCAACAGUGCCUUGCUGUAAAUCCACAUUGUGCUUGGUACUUCAAUGAGUUUAUGCCAAAACCUUUCUCUCGCUGUGACUUCACUGAAAAUCUUCUUCAGAAUGGCUGCCCAAAAAAGUAUAUAGAGGAUCCAGCCAGCCAGACCUUCAUACUGGAGGACAGACCUCUCAGUGCCAAAGGAUCAGGGAGUGACAUUACCCAAAUGACUCCACAGAAGAUUGAACUCCACCUGCGUCCAGAUGACUCCCAAACUUUCUCAAUACAAGUACGCCAGGUGGAAGAUUAUCCUGUGGACAUUUACUAUCUAAUGGAUUUGUCUAACUCCAUGAAAGAUGACCUCCAUAAUAUCCAGAACUUAGGCACCAAACUUGCCAUGGAAAUGCGCAAAGUGACAAGCAACCUGAGGAUUGGCUUUGGAGCUUUUGUGGACAAACCCCUGUCCCCUUACAUGUACAUUUCCCCUCCAGAGGCCAUUAAAAACCCAUGCUAUGACUUGAAACCACCAGAUGAUCACUGCCUGCCAAUGUUUGGCUACAAGCAUGUCCUAGCUCUCACAGAUGAAGUCAAGCGCUUCAAUGAGGAGGUAAAGAAGCAAAGCGUGUCUAAGAAUCGAGAUGCACCUGAAGGAGGAUUUGAUGCCAUCAUCCAAGCAGUUGUCUGUGAUGACAAAAUUGGCUGGAGACCUGAUGCUUCCCACUUGUUGGUCUUCACCACAGAUGCCAAGACACACAUUGCUUUAGAUGGAAGACUGGCUGGGAUUGUAAUACCCAAUGAUGGGGAGUGCCACAUGAACAGCAAUAACUAUUAUGAAGCUUCCACCACACUGGAUUACCCAUCCCUUGGCCUACUGACAGAUAAACUCUCACAGAAAAACAUUAAUUUGAUUUUUGCAGUGACUCAGAACAUAGUUGGUCUUUACCAGAACUACAGCGAGCUGCUCCCAGGCACUACUGUAGGGACCUUAUCAAAAGACUCAAGUAAUGUUUUACAGCUCAUUUUGGAUUCCUAUGGGAAAAUCCGUUCCAAGGUUGAACUAGAAGUCCGUAAUCUCCCAGAAGAAUUAUCCCUCUCAUUUAAUGCCACCUGCCUUGAUAAUGAAGUCAUUCCUGGAGCUAAGUCUUGUGUUGGACUCAAGAUCGGCGAUACAGUGAGCUUCAGCGUUGAAGCGAAGGUCCGUGGUUGCCCAAAGGACCGGCAGACCUCUUUCACCAUUAAGCCAGUCGGCUUUGAAGACAGCCUGACGGUUCUGUUGAAGUUUAACUGUGACUGUGCUUGCCAGGCGGAUGCUGAACCUUACAGCAAUAAAUGUAACAAUGGGAAUGGCACCUUUGAAUGUGGGAUAUGCCAUUGCCACCCGGGCCGGCUGGGUUCCCAAUGCGAGUGCUCUGAGGAAGAAUAUGGCCCAUCCCAGCAGGACAAUUGCAGCCCCACUCAGGGGCAACCACUUUGCAACCAGCGGGGAGAAUGCCUCUGCGGCCAAUGUGUUUGCUACAGCAGUGAUUUUGGCAAGAUAUCAGGCAAAUACUGUGAAUGUGAUGACUUCUCUUGUGUUCGCUUCAAAGGGGAACUAUGCUCAGGACAUGGGAAAUGCGUCUGUGGAGACUGUGCCUGCGACCCUGAUUGGACUGGAGCAUAUUGCAACUGUACAACUCGGACAGACACCUGCAUGUCCAGCAAUGGGUUGAUGUGCAGUGGGCAAGGCCGCGGAUACUGUGCCUGUGGGAAAUGUGUCUGUACUCAGCCUGGCUCUUUCGGAGAAACCUGUGAGAAGUGCCCAACCUGUCCUGAUGCCUGCACCAUCAAAAAGGAAUGUGUGGAAUGCAAGAAAUUUGGGAGAGGAAUCCUGAUAGAACAAGGCACCUGCAACCGUAAUUGCCGGGAUGAGAUUGAGUUGGUGCAGGAACUUGGAGGCAAGGGGAAAGAUGCUGCGAACUGUACAUAUAAGGAUGAGAAUGACUGUGUAGUGUACUUCCAAUAUUACGAGGACUCCAGUGGCAAAUCUAUCCUCUAUGUUAUUGAGGAACCAGAUUGUCCCAAGGGACCUGAUGUCUUGGUUGUUCUUCUUUCUGUAACUGGAGCCAUCUUACUUAUUGGCUUGGCUGCUUUGCUCAUCUGGAAACUGCUUAUUACCAUCCAUGACCGACGAGAAUUUGCCAAAUUUGAAGAAGAGCGUGCCAGAGCUAGAUGGGACACGGCCAACAAUCCCCUGUACAAAGGAGCUACCUCCACCUUUACCAACAUUACAUACCGUGGGAAUUCGUGAGAUUGUAGUCUUCCAAGGUCUUCUCCACUCAUGUUUACAGAACUGUCUCUGUUAUGGGUGUGAGAGAUUUUUUUAAAAAAAAACAAAAACAAAAAACAAAAACAGCCAUUGCUCAAGAGCCUUCACUGUUCUGCUGUCACAAGAAAGUAUCUGCACUGUGAUUCUUCCAAGACUCUCUUUUUUUUUACCUCAGCUUUCCCAAGGCUACGGCCUGGACUCAUAUACUGAAGAAGAAAGCAGGACUUGCUCUUCAGUAUGAACAGCACUGCAUAAAUCCAGGGUUAAGAGAAGAUGCUAUCUGAAGAAAAUCAGGGGGUCAUGAUUAUUGAGCUUUACAAUAUAACUCAGAUGUGAACUAGUGAAAUUUGGGGUAGAGGAGCUUUGAAAGAUUCAUGAUAUCUAAGUCCAUUGCAAACUGAACCCAAAGUCUCUCUCAUCCAGGCAAACUUUCAAGGGCCUCAGCUAGCUGCU